UGGUUUGCUAAAGCUUUCGGAUGGAGCAUUAAGUCACCACCGCUCAGUGGGUCUCCGGCGCCAACUUAUAUCAUCUGCCGGCCGAGAGAAUUGGAGUAUCGAAAGCUGAUGCCGGAAGAGGAAUCGAAACAUCGAGCAGUAGGCGUUUCAGAAUCCAACACUACUUUGCUUCAUCGAUCGAUCUCAGUAAAUCCAUCCACCUUUGGUCUCCGGCGCCAACUUAUAUCAUCUGCCGGCCGAGAGAAUUGGAGUAUCGAAAGCUGAUGCCGGAAGAGGAAUCGAAACAUUUAGCAGCAGGCGUUUCAGAAUCCAACACUUCUUUGCUUCAUCGAUCGAUCUCAGUAAAUCCAUGGAUACCUUUGGGAGGACGUCUCAGCGUGCCCUUGCCGUCUAGACUUCUUCUGAUUUACAUAAAUGCCCUCAUAUUUUACAUGACGAUGUUGGCCUUAUCCGUGAUGAUAUAUAUAUGUGUCCACCACAGCCCCUCUCUGCCCUAAAAACGCACGAGAGCGAGGCUAAUGCCCGGUGAGGGAGAAGGGGAGGCGAGCGAUCGGACGCUUGGAUGGCAAGGGAGAGUAGAGGAUGAAUGGCGGAGGAUCAAGGAGCACGCCGAGACGUACCCGUACGUGUGGGGUUCGUACAUCCUAGUCUACGGCAGCCUCAGCGCCUACCUCGCCUACCGAUGGCGGAAGCUACGGCGGACGGAGGACCGCGUCCGAACCCUCCGAGAACGCCUCCGAACGCUCGUCGAGGCUGAGGGUUCGGCGGCGGCUGCAGGCACCGCCGGAUCGGCCGCCCCUUCGAUGCCGAACAAGUCGCGUGGGCCUUCUUAAGGAUUUUGUGUCCUCGAAAUCGGUUAGUACCGAUCUGAACCGCUCCUUUGAGUUUUUAUUGGGUCUUGUUAUGUGAUAUUCUGGAAUUUAGGGUUUUAGCUGCUUAGCAUUUUGGGCCGAAGAAUCCUCAGUUCUGCUACAUUACGCAGUAAAAGGGAUCAAAAUUGCAACUUCUGUAAUUUUCUCUUGCCAUCGCAACAACUUUUUUACUACUGCAUCUCUUAUAUUGAACUAAAGGAGGCUCUUAUUUGAUGAACUUCCGUGAACAGGGUUUGUAAUGCUGGGGUUAGACGGUUCUGUUGAGGAACGUAUAGUGUGAGACCGUAAUGUGCCCUUCCUAUCAGUCUAAUCCAUAUUUUUAUUAGUGAUUUUUAA